ACAUUACACAUAUGAACAAAUUGGUGUUCACUCAUCAUCAAUGCCCUCUUUUUUCUGAGGAAGAGCAAAACUAAGAAUGCCAUUAAACAGAAAAAUAAUAAAACAGAGUUUAUGGGGAAGCUGAUUACCACUACCAAACCUCUAAUCUUCCAAUCCAAGCUCCUCUGUUUUUCUCUGUUAUACCUCUUCACAACUCUUUUCCUCGCUCUCUACACCAUUCUCUCUCAAUCCAAAUGCUUAUUCAGAUCUUCCCCUUUGGAUCCAAUUCAGGAUCGUCUCUUCUCUUACCCUUCCUCCUAUGGAGAGCACAAGUAUGCUGUCUCAACCACACGUUCUACAUGCACUUCUCCUAUUUUCUUUUCAGAUUACAUGGAUGUUGUGAAGGAGAUCAAGAAUUUGAUCAAGGACUCUUCGUCAGCUGAGGAGUCGAGUGCUCUGCGCUACAUGCAGGGGAAUGCAGAGAGUUUUGGUGGGAACUUGAGCACCAAGGCGAGGUUCUCUUAUUUCGAUCAUCAAAUUGAUAACACUCAAGUACCCUGCGGAUUUCUCAAGAAAUUUCCAAUCAGUGAUUCCGAUCGAAUUGCGAUGGAGAAGUGUGAAGGUGUAGUAGUAGUUUCAGCAAUCUUCAAUGACCAUGACAAGAUACGGCAACCGAAGGGAAUUGGUGGGAAAACAGUGGAAGAAGUGUGUUUCUUCAUGUUUAUAGAUGAGGUAACAAUGAAGGGGCUUGAAGAUCAUGGAAUGAUAGGGAGGGAAUCAAGAGAGCAUAAGAUAGGUGUGUGGAGGAUUGUUAAGGUUGCCAAGGAGGAGUUGUAUGAGAGCCCAGCAAUGAAUGGGAUCAUACCAAAAUACUUAGUCCAUAGACUGUUCCCGAAUUCGAAAUUCAGCAUUUGGGUGGAUGCAAAGUUGCAGCUUGUGGUUGAUCCUUUGCUGUUGAUUCAUUCGCUUGUUAUAUCUCAGAAUGUGGACAUGGCUAUAUCAAAACAUCCUUUUUUUCUUCACACCAUGGAAGAAGCAAUGGCAACUGCCCGAUGGAAGAAAUGGUGGGAUAUUAACGCCUUGAAGCACCAAAUGGAGACCUACUGUGAACAUGGACUCCAACCAUGGUCCCCAUCCAAGCUCCCAUAUGCUUCAGAUGUGCCAGAUAGUGCUGUGAUCCUUAGGAGGCAUGGAGUGGGAAGUAACCUAUUCUCUUGCCUAAUGUUCAACGAGUUGGAGGCAUUCAACCCAAGAGAUCAAUUGGCUUUUGCAUUUGUGAGGGAUAAGAUGAAGCCCAACGUUAGCAUCAACAUGUUUGAGGUUGAAGUGUUUGAGCAGCUGGCACUGGAGUUCAGACACAACCUCAAGAAUAAGCGCCAUGGGAGCGUUUUGUCCACUUCACCAAGGACCAAAAGGGCACACCCUGGUUUCUUGUAUGUUAAUGCCACCUGUUGCAGCAAGUGCCAGAAGUAUCUUCUCACCAUGUGGGAUCAAUCCAAUCAUUGAUUAUAUUCUUCCCAUUCUAAAACAAACACAUACCACAUUUUUAUGUACAUAUAUACUUUUACAUCC